CCGCAAUGGCAAAACUGGGAAAUGUCGGUCCUGAGCUCUCGUUAUCUGAUGACAUUAAGCUGUUGGCUGCACCAGUGGGUUUCCCCGCAUUCGGGUCUCGGUACUCUGGAGAUCCGUGGUGGAGGGAAUCCCAGUUCAACAGCUCGCUAAUUAAUCCGAGGAUCAGAAAAGCCGAUGUCGCUCUUGGGGUCGAACCCACGGGAGUGAUGAGAUAGGCUCGAUGGUGUGAUUGUUUGAUGCGAUGAUGAUCUGCAUGCAGUAUUGGCCCCAGUCCGUUUGGCAUAUCUUGAAGAACAGCAUGCGAAAAUACAGACUCAAAACAAAGAAGAAAAUAGGAAGAAAAUACAAGGAGGUCAGCAAAGCGAAGAAAGAGUCAAGUAACGGGUAUACAGAAACGAAGCGAUGCCCGGUUUAGUCAAGGUCACGUCGGGCUCUUCGCUCGCCGAGCCUAUAGUUGACAAAACAAUAUUCCCAGACGGCAUCAAAACCUCAGGCCAACAUGCACCACUGUACUCGGAUAUUCGUCCGUACGAGGACUUCCCAAAAGAGAUCACGGGAAUCACAGCAUGGGAUGCCAAAGACUUCGUUGACAACUCUGAGAAAUGGACCUAUUCCCUGAAUGAUGACGAAGUAGCUGAGAUUGGGGCAGCGGCCGACCGUUACAUUGAGUCCGGUCAGCCACUAACUGCCAUCUCCAAGGAUCUUUUCGAGCUGCCAACUUUGGCAUCUCGCAUGAAGGUUCUCAAGAGACAGCUGCUAGAUGGGCAGGGCUUCUGGUUGUUCAAAAACAUACCAGUCCAGCAAUGGGGGCUGCAGAAGUGCGCAACGGCGUACAUGGGCCUCGGCGCUCACCUCGGCUACUUUGUCAGCCAGAACGGUCGGGGUCAUGUGUUGGGGCAUGUCAAGGACCUCGGUGAAGAUCCAACCAAGACUGAUAGGGUGCGCAUCUACCGGACCAACGCCAGACAAUACUUUCACACUGACGCUGCCGAUCUCGUGGGACUGCUCUGCAUUGCCCGUUCAAUGGAAGGGGGUGAAAGCGACAUAGUGUCUCAGCACCGAGUUUGGAACGUCUUGCAGAGAGAAUACCCCGAAGUUGCCAGGUUGUUCACUCAGCCCAUAUGGUACCUCGACCGCAAGGGUGAGGUUUCCGAGGGACAAGAGCCAUGGAUCCAAGCGAGCGUGUUUUACCUCGACGACAAAGGGCGACUGUACGGCAAGUUCGACCCUAACAACGUCACCUCACUUGCAAGGUACAAUAUGGGGCCCGACGCCAAGAUCCCGCCACUGAGCGAGGAACAGAAGAUAGCCAUCGAUGUGCUUGAAAAAGUAUGCAAGCAGGAGAGCCUCCACAUGAUACUGCAGCCAGGCGACAUCCAGUGGUUGAGCAACCAGCACGUGUUUCAUGCAAGGACAGCAUAUACCAACUGGCCAGAGGGAUCCGUGGACGAGCAGGGCAGGACUAGACCUGCAAGACAUUUGAUGAGGUUGUGGUUGUCGGUGCCGACGAGUGAAGGAGGAUGGAAGCUGCCGUAUCCAGAUUCGCACAGGAAGAAACGAGGCGGGAUCCAGGUCAAUGACACGGCGCCGAUUUGUCCAUUGGAUGCAGAAUGAAGAAGAUUGCGGGAAGAACCGAGGUCAGCCAGUUUUGUGAGCACAGCGUAUAGCCGCGCGGGUUUGUGUUUACAGCUGCGCCUAUAUUUCCAGGGGGCGGUCUAGUCAAUGGAUCUUCCCGUCGAGAACUAGAAUAGAACUAAUUAG